GCGCUGAUGUGUGCGGAAGUGCCGAUGGUAACAGCUGGGACUCUUCGGUGCCAGCAGCCAGGAUCAGAUUCACAGAGCUGGAUUAAAGGCGCAGGACUCUGGAGGAGACAGAGAUGGACGGGAAUCUGAGCCUUCAUGUGGCGAAUUUCAGCACUCUGUUUGUGUGUAUGGUGCUGAAGUUCCCGCAGAUCUUCGUUCUGCUACGGGCCAGAGCUGCUGCGGGGGUCAGCCUCAACAGCCUCCUGCUCGAGCUGCUCGGGUUCAUAGUGUUCAUGUCCUAUCAGAUGUAUUAUGAAUAUCCACCGCUCACCUACCUGGAGUAUCCCAUCCUCAUUGCACAAGAUGUCAUUGUGCUCCUGUUGAUCCUGCAUUAUAACAGAAACCUCAAGCACAGUCUCAUAUAUGCUGCACUGUUUGUGGGUGGAUGGCAGCUGCUCACAGUAAAGAAGUGGGUGAUUGAUUUGGCCAUGAGUCUGUGUACGCUGAUCAGCGGCAGCAGUAAACUGGCUCAGCUUCAGUGUUUGUGGCGCUCCAAGGAUUCUGGUCAGGUCAGCUCUCUCACAUGGGCUCUGGCCACAUACACAUGCAUGGCACGGAUCUUCACUACCAUCAUCACCACAGGAGACACACAAGUGCUGGUUCGGUUUAUCGUCAUGACCAUUCUGAACAUGUGGGUUACGGCUACGGUCAUCUACUACAAACCUCAAGCAGUCAAACAGGAUUAAGACAAAGGUCAUGUGCUGUUUGGAUUGAGCACUUUUGUUAUUCCAGUGUAAGAUAUGGUAAAGGGAUGGGUUAUCCAAAAAUGAAAAUGUACCCAUUUCCUCAAACUCAGGUGCUGAUUCACUUUUAUGAGUUUCUUUCAUUGGUUGAACACAAAAACAAGAUCAUUUGGCAUCUAUAGAACACUCAAUGAUGUUUGCUGUUUGUUCAAACUACUUAUUUAAAAUGAGCUGCAACAAUACAAUUCUUAAGGUUUUUGGGGUUACAUUGCAAAUUACAGGGGAGUUUGGGGUGCAUUGACCCCCUUAAUUAAUGCUUGAUCCCCCCUGAAGGACAUCAAAACAAAAUGUAUAGGGGGUCAGCUCUUUAAUAUUAAGAAAUAGCUUUCACUGAUCUCUGAUCUAUAUCUUAAAUAUUAAGAAUUUAAAAUGUAUUAUACAAAUAUACAUUUGACCCCCCUAUAAUAGUCUGAAGCUGGCAGUUCUAGAGCUCCGAUACACAUCUUAAGUAUUUAAAAAACACAUUUCUUGUAAAACAGGUAUUUAAAUCUGCACGUAGAGAAAAAAAAAAGGGUCAAAUUAGACACAUAAUUUGUAUAGUCUGACCUACAGUAACCUCUAAAAUAGUCUGUAAAUGACAAAACACUGAAAACUGAUACAUUUAAAAA